ACAAGGUGGACCCUGGCACUCGACUUUCAGCAACUGAAGGCGGUGCCACUUUUGGGAGCUAAAAUAAGAUCCCAGUUGCUACAUUAUGAACCUGUUUCAAAUAGAACACUGGAUUAAAAAGUAAUAUUUAAGUUUAUUUACGUGGCAGGAAAAUGGUGUUAAUAAUGUUCAGGUCUAUCCCGAUCCAUCGACGAUCUAUUGCUUUGCCCUGGGAUCGGCCAGACAUAAGUAAUCGUCUCGCAAACACAUUUGGAACAUUCUGAUGAUGACGGACUUCCUGGUCAGCAGUGACUUUUAUCAGAAAAUAUAAUAUAUCCAUGUCUUUCAUCAUCAUAUCAUAACGUCAUUGUAAUUGUAAUAUAAUAUUUAACGUUCCAAAACAAAGCUUAAAGCGUAAAGCUUGUUUCGUCGUGAAAGCAAAGCUGACGUAGGGCGGCUAGCGACCUGCCGUCAGCGUUUGGUUGUGCUUUAGCCAUGUCCGCCUCUGCUGGAUGCUCUCCGGUGGGCCACAACGCGGCCCUCGGCCCCGGUAUGUCAAUAUUCCGCUGGCUCGAAGUGCUCGAGAAGGAGUUCGACAAAGCCUUCGUGGACGUGGAUCUGCUGCUCGGGGAAAUCGACCCUGACCAAGUGGACAUCACGUACGAGGGUCGGCAGAAGAUGACCAGCCUGAGCUCCUGUUUUGCUCAACUCUGCCACAAAUCUCAGACUGUUUUCCAACUCAACCACAAAUUAGAGGCCCAGCUGGUAGAUCUUCGCUCUGAGCUAACCGAAGCCAAGGCAGAGCGGGCGGUGGUGGAGAGGGAAGUCCACGACCAGUUGCUACAGCUUCACGCUCUCCAGCUGCAGCUUUAUGCCAAGCAAGGCCAGGCCCCAGACUCCGACUCCAUCAAAGACAGACUUCCUGCCCCAACAAUGGAACAGAUGCAACAGGAGCUCGAGGCCAGCAAGACGGAGAAAUUGGUGGAGGCGAGACUUGAGGCUGACGUGAGACUCUUUAAGAAAGAAAACGAGGCUCUCCGCAGACACAUGGCAGUACUACAGGCCGAGGUGUACGGUGCUCGGCUGGCUGCCAAAUACUUGGACAAGGAACUUGCUGGCAGGGUGCAGCAAAUCCAGUUACUGGGCCGUGACAUGAAAGGGCCAGCACACGACAAGCUGUGGAACCAACUGGAGGCCGAGAUCCACCUUCACCGCCACAAGACGGUCAUCCGAGCAUGCAAGGGCCGCAAUGAUCCCAAGAAACCACUUCCCUCGCCUGUUGGUCAUGAUCCAGACUUGCUGAAGAAAACCCAGGGAGUGGGUCCUAUCAGGAAGGUGUCACUAGUCAAAGAGGACCAUGAGGGUCUGGGCAUCUCUAUCACGGGAGGAAAGGAGCACGGUGUUCCUAUUCUCAUCUCAGAGAUCCAUCCAAGCCAGCCCGCAGACAGAUGUGGAGGCUUGCAUGUCGGAGACGCCAUUUUGGCUGUCAACAGCAUCAAUCUGCGAGAUGCCAAACACAAGGAGGCUGUCACCAUUCUCUCGCAACAGUCAGGACAGAUAGAGUUUGAAGUCGUGUACGUGGCUCCAGAGGUGGACAGCGAUGAUGAGAAUGUGGAGUAUGAAGACGACAACGGACAUCGCUACAGACUCUACCUGGACGAGCUGGAAGAGAGCGGCAACUCGGCGGCGGCAUCGUUACAGGGUCUGGGGAAUAUGUCGCUGAACAAAGUGACAGAAAACGGAGACGCCGACAUCUCCAGCGAAACCCCGUCGGAGGAAACUCCCUCCAAGCCUCCUGACAGCCGCGGCUCCUGUUAAGACGACUCAGCUGCGCCACAAUCAAGCGGAGCCAGUUUGUCUUCCCCCGGUGUUCUAAUGUUGGGAUUUGGGGGUUCAGAGUGGGCUCGUGGCAAUGAUUCGGCAGUCAUAGCAGGCGAAGGAUGUUAUUGUGAACAGUUACAUACAGUAAGUAGGUUACGCUAACGUUAAAUCCAUACCACCAAGUCCUUUUUUUUUUGUGGGUCCCUCCCAAAAGUAUGUCACAGCUUCGAAUGUCUCACGGUGACGUGCCUGUUCAAAUCCUAUUUAUAUGGCAGUGACUGAAGGACCCCUUUUGAACAUGCUUUAAAUUCUUUCUGGUCUUUACUCUGAUCUUCUAUUGCUAUACUUUAUUCUGACCGCCUCGUGAACCUUGGUGAUGUAAUGUUUAAUGCAAGUUUUCAUUCGAUAAUAUAAUAGAAUCCUUUAAAAACUUUAUCCACCGUUAAUUAGGAUUUAUAUUGGUCUCAUUUUUAUUUAUAUCACAAAAAACAUUGCAUUUUAACUGGGGCGUCUGAAGAAUUUAUUUCCAGUGUAUGCGCAAAAUGUUUGUUCAUUUUUGUUGUCAUUGUAAGUGAUUUGGACUCACUGAUGUACUGUCAACAACAUUGAGAGCCCACUUAAAGUGGAAAUCCUAGUAAACCAAAACUCCAGACUUUAAAACAACAUUUAUGUGAAGUGUCGUCUUGCUUUUAUUAAUCUGGUUUCCCCUCUUAUGCAUCGUCAUUGCUCAGUGGAUUCAGCCUUUAAAUAAAGUUGGCCUCUAUCAUAAUCAA